UCAUUUCAGUACAUCCAUUCAGCUGGUAUCAUCCAUAGGGACCUGAAGCCUGGAAAUCUGGCUGUGAACGAAGAUUGUGAGUUAAAGAUCCUGGAUUUUGGACUGGCAAGGCAUACAGACAGUGAAAUGACAGGUUAUGUGGUGACCAGAUGGUACAGAGCCCCAGAGGUGAUACUUAAUUGGAUGCAUUAUACACAGACAGUGGACAUAUGGUCUGUUGGCUGUAUCAUGGCAGAAAUGUAUACUGGACGUCCACUCUUCAAGGGUAAUGACCAUCUGGAUCAGCUUACAGAAAUAAUGAAAAUUACUGGAACACCUACCCAGGACUUUGUCCAGAAGCUUCAGAGUCCUGAUGCUAAAAAUUAUAUCAAGAGUCUCCCAAAGGUGCAGAAGAAAGACUUUGGGUUGCUGUUGAGAUACGCAAACCCUCUUGCUGUCAACCUGCUGGAAAAGAUGUUGGUGUUGGAUGCAGAUAAGCGAAUAACAGCAACUGAUGCUUUAUGUCAUCCAUACUUUGAGCAGUUCCAUGAUUCUGACGAUGAGGCAGAAGCAGAUCCAUAUGAUGAUUCACAUGACAAUCUAGAACUUCCUCUUGAAGAAUGGAGGCGUGAGUGUAGAAGGAAAUAUCCAAGCUGUUUUCUCUUUCUAUUCUGUCUUGUCUCAUUUGCACUUAAAGCAGAUUUAACCAUACUAUUCCCAUACUCCUCCCCUCCCUGCUGUUUCCUAACUUAA